GCCGCGCACCACCGCCAGCCAAGCGGUACGUCGUCCAACCGCUGCUCCCUGAGACGAGCCUCGACCUCGUCUCUCUUCUCUUCGCCAUUUCUUUUCUUUCUUUUUCCCCUCCCCGAGACGCGUACGAUCUCUCGAGCGGCGCGAUCUCGAGGCGCGCGCGCGCGUAUCCGAACGCGGUGGACAGGUGGACGGGCGACGACGAAGGUGGAAAGUUGACGGGGACGUGGCCGGUGGACGGACGGACGAGGGGGAGAGGCGCGCGCGAUCCUCCACCGAACGUGUUUCGCGUGCCGCAGUUCGUGUGAUUGCCGACGAGAGCGGUGUUGUUGCGGACGAGUUGGUGCGAGUCGUCGAAUCGUGGAAGAGGAGAGGAAAGGAAAGAAGUUCGCGUGUCUCUCUCUCUCUCUCGGUAUCGACGUCGAAACUCGGUGUGACGAAGAGGUCGAAGAUCUCUCGGAGUGUUGGAUCGAUCGCCUCGUCGGUAAUAGCCUCCUGGCGAGGCGAGCGAGGUGGAGUUUGGCGAUCGGCGAAGAAGGGAGCGAGCGAAUGUUGGAAAUUGGCGGAGGACAGCGGCGAGGCGAAUCGAUGGUGCGAGGGAGAUCGUGACACCGCACAGUGGUCGUGGUCGUUGGGUAGCACGCGCGAUGCGUCACGUGACCGAGGACGGCUCGUAGGAAGGAGAGGCGACCAGUCGAGUGGGAAUCUUCCGGCGAGGAGAGCGGAUCACGGCGGCUGCUGAGGAUAACCGCGGAGGAAGCAAGGUUGGGUCGUCGGAUGGGCCAUCGUCGCAAGAUCGCAUCGUCGUACGGCAGUCGAGAGAUGUCCUAGCGAAGGCAGGAAUCGCGCGUGUCCGACCCGAUAUAAUCCCCUUCUUCCCCUCUCCUUUGUGUUUCCAAUCAUCCUUCCCUUCGCCCGAACGCGCUCGGAUCCGUGGUAGUGAGAAGAGAGGAAAGGAGAAGGAAAGGAGAAAAAAGAGGAGAAAGGCACGUGCGCGAGCGACCACUCGCUUCCUUCUCGCGCUCUUUCGAAAUUCAUUCCGAUACGCGCUUCCUCCGUCCCCUUUCCUUGACCACCUCUACAUACAUACAUGCAUAUAUAUAUAUAUCCGAUAUAAGAUACAGACGAGUUUCCGAAUCCAGCCGCCAAGUCCACCAAAGUCCUUGAUCCCGUUGGGGUGAUCCUGGCCCCACCCGUAUGCGAAGGAACCACACCCCGGCCAGAAAAGGAACGAAGGAUACAGAUUUACCGGGCGUCUCCUGGUGAUGACAGUGGCACGGAGCCGCGGAGGCUAAGGUGGUGGGGGCGUCGCGGCGAGGUGAAGAAGUGGCGAGGCUCGUGAAAAUUGGGGCCGGGAACGGACGAUCCGGGCAGCGGUAGUGGUGGCGGAACGGCAGGGGUACUAUGGGAGCGGGGGUAUGGGGGGCGGAGGAGGGCUGCAAGCCACGGACCUCCGGCGAAGGCUCGAGUCCACGAGGUGUUCGGGAACCACGACUCGUCGUCCCCAGAGUCCUCCUCGUUCCUUAAGGCGCGAUGCUUCCCGACCAUGCCACGGAUACACCACCAAUGACCAGGAAGAAAGAGGAGUCGAGCUGCAAGCGACUCUCGCCUCCGGUCAACCCACGUGUACAGGUUGGCGGCCGUGCAGACGACAGGACGGGAGGAAGGAGGAUGGAGAAGGGAAAGGAGGGUGGAGGUGGUGGAACGGCGGAUCCGGCGUAAUCGGUUCCGCGCGCGGGGCGAGGAUCGUCGGCACGGAUCGUCAGGAUGGGAGGAAGGAAGGAAGGAGCGGGAAGAGGCAUCGGCUUCGAUGGCGUCGAGGGGAUUUACGGUGGAUCGCGGACGUGGCAACGAGGACCCUCCUCCUCGGUAUCGUGCUUUUCGUUACGCCAGGUCUGUGCAACCAGGACGCGGUGCACAUUACGGCAAUCCUUGGGGAGAGCGUUGUCUUCAACUGUCACGUAGAGUUCCCCGGUGAGCACCCAGUGCCCUACGUUCUCCAAUGGGAGAAGAAGGUAGGAGAUGCGGAGAUACCGAUAUACAUAUGGUACGACUCGUAUCCGACCCACAGUGGCGAGGGUUACGAAGGUCGAGUCUCGAGGGUGAGCCCGAACUCACCUUACGGCGGGGCGAGCCUCAACCUGACCGACAUCCGCGAGAGCGAUCAAGGAUGGUACGAGUGCAAGGUCGUCUUCCUCAACAGGUCGCCCAACAAGAACGGUACCUGGUUCCACCUGGACGUCCACGUUCCAAGAGUGUCGAGGGAGGAUAAAAACGAUUGGUUGGUUUUCGUAGCGCCGCCAAAAUUUAGCAUCACGCCGGAGGAGAUGAUCUACGUGAACGUGGGCGAUGCGAUAAUAUUGAACUGCCAGGCGGAGGGCACGCCGACACCCGAGAUUCUUUGGUACAAGGACGCGAAUCCGGUCGAGCCCUCGUCAACCAUAGGAAUAUUCAACGACGGCACCGAGCUCAGGAUCUCGACCAUCAAGAGCGAGGACAUCGGGGAUUACACGUGCAUCGCUCGAAACGGAGAGGGUCAAAUCAGUCACACGGCCCGCGUCAUAAUCGCUGGUGGAGCAGUGAUCACCGUGCCGCCGAUGAACCAAACCAAAUUGGAAGGGGAAAAGGUGCAAUUUAACUGCGAGGCUAAAGCUCUUCCCGGUAACGUGACCGUACGUUGGUUCCGCGAGGGUUCACCGGUUACGGAACUCUCGGAGCUGGACACGAGAGUGACGAUCAAAUCGGACGGUAGCCUGGUGAUCAAUCCCGUGAGCGCUGACGAUUCUGGCCAAUAUCUAUGCGAAGUGACGAAUGGCAUCGGUGAUCCGCAAAGCGCUAACGCUUAUUUAAACGUGGAAUAUCCGGCAAAAGUGACGUUCACUCCCACGGUGCAAUAUCUACCGUUUCGGUUGGCUGGUGUGGUACAUUGUUACAUAAAAGCGAAUCCCACCCUUCAAUACGUGACGUGGACGAAGGACAAACGAUUGCUCGAACCUUAUCAAACGAAGGAUAUCGUUGUGAUGAACAAUGGCUCCCUGCUUUUUACACGAGUCAAUGAGAAUCAUCAGGGCCGGUAUACCUGCACGCCUUAUAACGCGCACGGCACGCAAGGAAGUUCCGGACCGAUGGAGGUGCUUGUACGAAAUCCGCCUGUGUUCACUCUCGAGCCGGAGCCGAUCUAUCAGAAAAAAGUGGGCGAAACGGUGGAGAUGCACUGCGACGCUCAAGAAGCGGAAGGCACGCAGAAACCCACGAUACAGUGGCACAGGAGGGAUGGCGCGUCCAUCCAACGAAAUCGGGCCAAGACCGUCGGCGGGAAUUUAACGAUCGAAAGCCUUCGCCGCUCGGAUUUCGGCUUCUACCAAUGCGUGGCGUCCAACGAGGUUGCCACCAUAUCGGCCUCCACGCAAUUGAUCGUCGAAGGCACGCAACCCCACGCUCCGUACAACGUAACCGGUACCGCGACCGAGUUCUCGGUCACGUUGACUUGGUUGCCGGGAUACUCUGGAGGGCCUGAUUAUAAACAAGACUAUACCAUCUGGUACAGAGAAUCGGGUACGUCGGAAUGGAAGAUGAUUCCGGUAACUCCGUCGGGAAGCACAACGGUGACGAUCAACAGUCUGACACCAGGAACGCUGUACGAGUUCCAAGUGAUAGGGAAGAACGCUCUGGGCGAUGGAAUGUUGAGCAAACUCAUCACCAUCAGGACUCUUGACAUCUUAGAUCAUAAUACACUCAUAUUACCGACCGAUUCCACCGGCAACCCAGUGUUCCCGCCAAUCAUGCGUCCGAAAGGACCAAAGCCAGGUCCUCCGAAAAAUUUGACGGUGACGGAGGUCAGUAACGGUUUCCUCAUUACCUGGGAGGCCCCUGUGGAGCGUAAUCAUCUGAUUCAAUAUUACACCAUCAAGUAUAAGACGGACGGGCCGUGGAAAACGCUGAACAAGGGACAGAUCCGAGCCGAGGAGACCAGUUAUUUGGUGAAAAAUCUGGUCGGUGGUAGGACCUAUUAUUUCCAAGUGUUCGCGAAUUCGGCGACCAACUACGGUGCCAGCGAUCAGGUGAAAUUCGCAGUCCCGGCUCGGGUGAAGCACAAGGCGAUCACCGCGGGCGUCGUCGGUGGUAUACUUUUCUUCAUUGUCGCGAUCAUCCUGAGCAUAUGCGCGGUGAAGAUUUGCAAUAAGCGGAAAAGACGAAAACAGGAGAAAGAACUGCUUUCAGCGUAUAGUAUGGUGGCCUGCCGGGUCACCGACGCCAGGAACGGCGCAGGGCAGGGGCCCCAGGGAACAGUGCCUUUGAAAAAACCUAGAAAAAGCCGAGUACCAGGUCUAAAUCUCCUUAGGGAGAUUCUGAACCCGGGCACACCGGACUCGUGCCGCGGUCGACCACUGGGUAAGAUCUCGCGGGCGGCCGACGGCCGCUUCGUGGUGGCCGACUCGGCCCUCAGCUCGGCGAACAACAGCAUCCUGGACGCGUCGAGCAGCGACGACGGUGGUUUCCUGCCGAAGCAGCGGCUGGCCAAGUCGUCGUGGAGGCGGCCACUGGUCGGCACCAGCCAACUGAGCCUGAGGUCGGACGGGAGCGGAGUCUCGAUCGGUGGCGGUAUCCCCCCCUCGAUGCACCACCACCACCACCACCACCACCACCAUCACCACGGGACCGUGAACUCGUUGGCGAGGAUAGCGCCGACCGUGUGCACCAUCUCGUCGCCCAGGUUCCUGGCAAGCUCGCCGAGCGGGCCCCAAGUGCCGUGGACGCCGUUGUAUUUCAGCGAUCUGAGCUCGGUUAGGCAGCCAUCCUCGGGCGGGGAACGUUCGUUCCCGACGCCGCCCGAUUACCUGCAGCUUCGCAGCGUCCAUCAACGGUACAGCCAGGAGCUGCCCUCGUUGAAGGCGAUACACGCCGAGUCGAGGAGAUUCGUGCCCGUCCAGCCGUUGGCCACCUCCUCGCCCCCUCAAUCGGCGGGCAGAUCGAGGGCGAGGCUGCCGCCGAGGCACGCGAGGCACGCGAGGUCCGCCCCCGAGUUGGCCGCCUCGCCCGAUCUCGAGACCUCGCCGGAGAGCAGGUCGAGCAGCUCGGGGUUCGGGAGCAAGAACACGUCGCAACAGAAUCAAAGCUCGAGGAGCGGGAGCACGGUGGCCGAGUGGAGGCCGCCUCCUUACAGGCCGCCGCCCCCGCCUCUGGUCGGGCGGUGGUUGGAGCUUCAGGAUCAGGCCAAAGUUGGGCACACGCACGUCCAGACGACGGCCGUGGACGCGGGCAGCGUGGACGGGCAUUACGAGUUCGACCCUGUCUCGUGCACGCCCACCCCCACAUCCGCCUCCACCCCGACGAGGGAGGAGAGGCCGCCGGUCCACCAGAUCCACGCCGUGCACGUGCCCCACGUACCCCACCAGGUGCACACGGUUCAUCAUCAGACGCCGAGGUACAGCAGGGACAACAUCGAGGCCAGGGUGCAAGCGAUGAAGGCCGAGUUCCAUCAAUUUCGACAGCGGCAAGCGAGAAGAAGGCAGAGCGCCCAUCUCGAGAGCGCGUGUUGAGCGAGAAAGAGAGAGAGAGAGAAAGAGAAAGAGAGCACUGUUCCAAAUGACUCGUCGUCGCAUCAUCGAAUUUUCACACGAGUAGCAGUUCGAUCAUCGGAAGUCUGCUCCGAUUCUUCGUUGCUUCUUUGGCUCCGAUGGCCGUCGAUGGAGAGCAGAGAAGCGGAGACGAAAUCCCGGGCCGCUAUCCCGGCUGUGACGAAAGCUGUGGAGAAGAAACAAACGCGCGAUUCCAAGCCGCGAUUCGUAUUCGUUCGGAGACCAACUGUUAAAAAAAAGCACAACGAGGAUCAUCGUACGCGAUUCCAGUAUAGGCAACUUCAAGUCAAUUCUAUCAGCUGGGCAACCAUCUCUAUAAAAACAAAGAAAGAAAAGAAAAAAAAAUCGAAAAAAAAAAGAGAAAAAAAAAAGAGAAAAGAAAAGGCUGUUAACGACAAACAUCAGCUCAGGACAUUAUUAAAUUUUCAUCGAUGAACGAACGACAAACGUAGUAGAACGAAUGCGUUGUUAAGAACCUAUCUAUCGUUCGAGUUCGAUCGUUGUUGAUCCGAGAGGAGACCAACGAAUUACGUAACCAGUCUUUUUCCCAACCUCCCUCCUCUCUUACUCUUACGUUCGAAAGCGAAGAAACGCAGCACCAGAAGGAGGAAGAGAAGGAGGAGAAGGAGGAGAAGGAGAAGGAGAAGGAGAAGGAGAAGGAAAAGGAAGAGGAGAAUCGACGCUCGAUGGACGAUUCCGCGUCGACGAAAGAAGAGAAAAAGAGGAAAAGAAAGAAGAAGAAGAAGCGAGGCGGAGACGAUUCGAAUUCGACGAUCAUUUAUUAUUGGUCAUAUCCCGCGUGGUACCAACGACGCCUACGUCCAAUUCGAAGGACCGCGAUUUUUAGCGUUACUAAUAUUAUCGAGUAUAGAGACAUAGUCGGAGAAUGCGAGGAAAUGGUUUCCAAGCAAAAGCGAGAAACGAGCGAGAACCGUUUCGUAGCGAUUAACUAAAAUUAUUAUUCCGACCGACAGACUGCGCGAUACGAUCGGCAUUGAAUACGCGUGGAGGUUUUACUUUAGGGAAGAAUGUUGAUAAAAGAAAAAAAAAAAAAAAACGAGAGAUGGCACGAUACUCCAAAGAAUCUGUACCAUGCUCCGUACUAUACCUUUUAAAACGACACGUAAGAUUAACCUUAAUCGUACAUUGUAAGUAUUACAAUUAAAGGAAAACGAAAAAAAAAAAUAAAUAAAUAACGAAAAAAAAAAUAAAUACGAAAGCGAAUGCGAGAUAACAAAAAAAAAAAGAAGAAAUAAGAAAAGAGUAAGAUAAUCGAAGAAUUACCACACAUGUAUACAUACAUACACACAUGAGAAAUUAAGUAAUGAAAAAAGAAAAAAAAAGAAAAAAAAAAGAAAAAAAGAAGUUUAAAAAAAGUAAAUUAUAUCGACGAGCAAUGGACUCGAAACGUGAUAUUAGGCCGAAGCUUGCCUGGAGAUUGCUUAAGGACUCACUCGUACUGCACUGCCUGUUUAGGGUUUCGCUAGCGACCCAACAUAUUAUCGGCACAAUAAUUUUUCUUAAGCAAACGUAAACGAGAAUAAAAUAACAUUCUUUGAAUCUAUCGCGCGCGUCCUGACGGCCACGAGGCUUGCGUACACGUGCGUGCACGCUUUCCGCGAUUAUCGAGAACUGUUCACCGCCUUUCCCUCCCUUCCCUCCCUGCCUUUUCUCCCUCCUACCUCCUUUUCCCUUUUAUUCGAGUCAAACCUUUCGACCGGAACGAACUUUUGCAACGCAUGAAAACUUCUCCUUCGGUCAACUGCCAGCGAAUGCCGACGACGACAAUGUUGACGACGACGACGACGACGACGACGACGACGACGACGACAACGAUCCCGAGACGACAAGAAAAAAAGAAAAGAAAAGAAAAUUUCUCCUGAUUCAUUCCUGAUUCAUUUCGAUUCCAUUGGUCCCGACGGGGAAAGCGAUCGCCACGCAAAAGCUCCUGUGACUGAUUAAACGAAUGAUAAAACGAUAAAAUAAAAUAAAACUGAAAGGAGACGACCGCUGCUAAUCGUGCACUCGCGUGGAUGCAUCGCCCUUCGAAUGCCGUGAUCCGUGCAUUAUAGGAAGAAAACAAUUAUACACGCGUACACUCGUAUCGACACACGACGUUAAAUACGACGUACACUCUAACACUACUAAAAUUAUACAUACAGACGGUAUAUAUAUAUAUAUAUCGCGUACACGAAGCGAAAAAGGAUGAGCGCGAGAGAGGAUGAGUGAACGAUGGUGCGAAUGAACACGGACACACGCGUAACACGAACACGUUCUUCGAGACCCACCUGAUUUUCACCAAACGCAUUCUAUUAGGGAAAAAAAAGAAAAAAACGAAAAAAAAAAAAAUCAUCUCGAGUCGAGGACGAAGCUCGUGGUCGGCCCACAGAGUGUUCGAGGAUGCGAAAUACGGGCUAACUUCGAUCGAGUUAAAAAAAACGCGACCUAAACGAAAAUAAAAUCAAGAUCUGACAAGUAUUUUCCCGCGAGACGUUAUGCGAUAAAUAUACAUAUAUAGGUACCGCGUUACUUCGAUUUUCAAUCGGAAACCGCUUCUAAUUUCGUUGCAAUAUUUUUUAUUUUUCUCUACCUUUUUUUUCUUUCUUUUCUUUUCGUAAAUCUUAAUUUAAUUUCCUUUUUUUUUUUUUUUUUAUUAACAAUAACUGCGACCGCGGAGCCAUCGAAUACUCUCUCGGCACCGCGCAAUUUCCCCUCGACGCCUCGGCAUUUUAUUAUUUUCUUUAUAGUACAAAACAAACUUAUUUAUACGUACCUAUUAUACAUACUUACUUAUAUUAUAUAAAUAUAUAUUAGCAAGGGCCCUACUCACGAUUCAACUAUACUUUUACGACGAAAGGCGUAAAAACCGACAAAAUGUAAACGACGAUGCGGACGCUGUCGCGCAGAACGCUCUAUAUAAUUUUCUUCGUAACAUGUAACCGAAUACGUUGUGGCGCGGGAUGAAUGCUGUAUUUGCGCGUUAGAGAGCGAGAGAACAGCGAGAAUGAGUAUGAGUCUACACGAAUGUACUUACUUAUUUACGAGUGUGUGCCUGAGUGAGAAAGAGUGGGGAAGGAAGAGAGAGAGAGGCGACCAACGUUUCGAAGAAACGUAAUAAAAAUCUACAAACAUGCGUGUAGCGAUUAAAUCGUCCGGAACAUACUGUCAGAAAGAGAGAGAGAGAGUGUGUGUGUGUAUGUGUGUAGAGUGAGAGUGAGAGCGAGAAUGCGAGAGACUGCAAGGGAAAAAGAAAGAGUGCGGAAUAAACGAAGAAGAGAGGAUAGAAAGAAAGAGAGAAAGAUGAUGAAACGGAGAUGACGCGAAAGAGUACCAAUAUUCUAAAGUAAUUCUAAUGAUUGAAUUAAUAAUUUGAUAAUUAAUCGAUAUUGUACAUCGUAAACGACGUAGCGUGUAGGAUAUUAAUCAACGAGAACUACGAACGCGGCGACGAUAAUUAAUUCGUUAAAUUAAUUAUUAUUAUCGAGGAGCGAGGAGAAGAAGCGUGAUCGGGCCACGCCGCGAUUUUCGAUUUAUUCGUUAUUCGUUGUAUCAUAAUAAAGUCGAAUGUUAAUAGGCGCGUCUCGAUCAGGCUUACGAUCAUCUAUAAAUAAUCUAAAAUACGCCGCAACUGUCCACGCGAUGCCGUCUAUCUAACGAGAAGACGCGAAAAUUCUCGUCGAAAAUUGUCAAGCUCGAACAUUCUCGUCCGAACGAGAAAAAAAGAAAAAGAAAAAGAAAAAUAUAAAAAGAAAAAAAAACUAAGGAAUCGAUCGGUAAUCUUUUUAUACGUCUAACGGCCAUGAUCGAUUCGAAUCAUCCAUCGUUUGUUCGUCGGAGCGGGAAAUCGAGCUAGACGGGAGCACACGGCACCAUGUGGAAAGUCGAUGUGGAGUAACGUGACUAACCGAAGGAAGAAGAGAAAGAAGAAGAAGAAAAAGAAGAAGGACAAGAAGAAGAAGAAUCGGGAACGUCGAUCGAUCGCCUCCGUGGAUCGACGUUCUCGUCGAUUUUUCUUCCUUCGUUUCGGGCUUUCAAGCCUGUUUAGACUGUCGAAGAAAAAAAAAAAAGAAAAAUAGAAAAAAAGGAAAAAAAAAGUGGAAAAAUCGAGCGAAAGAGGAGAAAGAUCAACCAAUCGAUAUAGGCGUAUAAGUAAAGUGUAGAUAUAUCAUAGUUAGAUACAACGAUCUCAAGAGGACACUCAGUGUCGACGAUCGCAAUGAAUCGAAAGGAUGAGAAGGAAACGGGGCAUCCUCGACGAUCGUAGAAGAUGCCUCGGUUACAAAUUUUCAGCGUGGCACGUAUUACCACGAAUAAUCGUUAAAGAGUCUGAGAUUUAGCAAGGAAUUAUAUAUAUAAAUAUAUAUAUAUAUAUACAUUACGUACGUGUAUAUGUAUACAGAGAUUGAAAGGAAGAAUACGAGAUUAUUAUAAAGGAAGAAAGAAUUAACAGUUUCGCGCGAUCGCCUGUUAAAUGAACAAUAUGGUUGAAUCGUGAAUCCGUUCGUGUAACGUUUGUCAUCGUUGCAUUCAUUCUCGAUAACUUGGUUUCCCAUUCCGAAUGGAUUUAUCGUUCUCUUAUCCUUUUUUCUUUUCUUUCUUGUUCAUUUUCAUACUUUCAUCGCUCCAUCCACACACACAUAUAUAUCCUCCCUCUUCCACUUUUUCUAACUUUCCACGCAUUCCCAUUACCGUUUCCAUUUCUUCUUCCCCCUCCCUCGACUACCUCCGAGUCGAUACCUAAUCUUCCUUCCUUUUUCUUUUCCUUCGUUAUUCGUGACCUUAGUAUCGUGUUUAUUUAUUUAGAGUUCGAGCGAGUAUAAACUUACCGCCGGAUGUGGAAGAAAUUAAUUUAGGUAUUCGCUCUUUUCACGUACCUGAAAGCCAUCUGGCAUAGCAUAUUUUUCCGAAUCGUGAGUGAAAUUCUUAUCGCUCGAAAGCAGAACGUUAUAGCGAUAAUCCACCAAUGCGGGCCACAUUACUGGAACAACAUUACCGAUUCGCGAUCGAGUUCGAGAUGGCGCGAGAGUCGGAUCAAUCACAUUCCAAACGAUUUAUAUUUUACUCGCACACCACGUUUUCCUUCUAUAUUUACGAUAGACUCGAAAGAACUCGCGAAACAUUGCACAAGAUAUAUAUAUAUAUGUAUAUGUAUAUAUAUAUAUAUAUAUAUAUGUAUGUAUUAUAUAUAUAUAUGUAUGUAUAUAUAUAUAUAUAUAUAUAUCUAUCGUCGAACCGCGCGCGAUUAAAACGCCUAAAACAUCACUUUUCGAUUAUCUUUUUCGAUCGCGGACAUUUAUACAGCGUCACUCGUAGUGGUGUAAAUCUAAAAUGGCUCUCGGGUACUAUACCGUAACGCUUCACUUCACGGUGAUUGCGAUCUUUUCUCAUCACCAUCACGGUAUUCCGCAUUCUUUCGACGCGAGUUUUCCUUCGAAAAUCGACGAAAACCGCGAAAUCGAUCGUUUGAUGAUGAAGAAAGUUCGAAAGAAAGAAAGAAAGAAAGGGAGAGAAAGAGAACGAGCGAGCGAGCGAGCGAGAGAGAGCGAGAGAGAGGAAGAGAGAGAGAGAGAGAGAGAGAGAGAGAGAAUGUGAGUAAAGAAAAGAAAUGGGAUUCUAGCGCCGCCAAAUGAACGAUCGUCGCAGUUCCAGAUACGAGUUUUCGAGUGUUCAAAGGUCCAUCGGCAUCGAGUACACCGACGAUAAUUUCUAGCACAACGUCCAAUCGUUCGUUGAACCGUAUUCAUUGUUCGUUUUCGUUUAAUGAAAAAAAAAAAAAAAAACAAAACAAAAUCCGUUGAUUUCCAUUCGUACCGGCGUACGUAUUCGUUCAAUCGCCGGAUACGUGCAUUCGCGCGCGCGUGCAUCAUCCAAUGUAAUCUUCUUAUCCUCACGUAUCUUCUGUAUCAUCUGUCUCCCCGCUACUUUCGCUUAUAUGUAUACAUACAUACAUACACACGUACACAUACAUACAUACAUAUAUACAAACAUACACACAUGCAUACGUACAUACCACACAUAUAAAUGUCCGUUUUCUCGCUGCACGCGCGACAUCAAAUCGAGCAACAAAAAAAAAGAAACACGAGAGAAAAGCAAAAAAAAGAAAGAGAAGAAAAAAAAGAAAAGGAAAAGGGAAACGAACGAGAGGCGCGUUUUUGUUAGUCACAUUCGCGAGUGCUCGCUAUUUCACCUCCAUUUUUCACCGUUUUAUUGAUUGACCUAUGCUUUCUCGCGAAUCUUCCCCCCCCCCUCCCCUUCCCCCACGAGAACUUCAAGACAUACUAACCUAUAGGACAAAUUGUAGACAAAUUUAUUAUCAAAUAAAAAUGAAAAAAUAAAGCGACGUUUGAAAG